CUUUGGCGUUUGGAGCGAAUGCGGACCACUGAACGAUGGCGGCCACUGAUGCAGAUUUGGGGUCUUUGGUAACGGAUCUGUACGACGUGCAGGCUUUCAAAUUUGGGAACUUCGUGCUGAAGAGCGGGCUCUCUUCUCCCGUCUACGUAGAUCUGCGGGGCAUCGUCUCUCGACCACGUCUUCUGAGUCAGGUUGCAGAACUUUUAUUUCGAACUGCCCGAAAUGAGGGGAUCAAUUUUGACACUGUCUGUGGAGUACCUUACACAGCUUUACCAUUGGCUACAGUUAUCUCUUCAGUGAACCAAAUUCCAAUGCUGAUUAGAAGAAAAGAAACAAAGGAUUAUGGUACUAAGCGUCUUGUAGAAGGGGCUAUUAAUCCAGGAGAAAACUGUUUGGUCAUUGAAGAUGUCAUUACCAGUGGAUCUAGUGUUUUGGAAACUGUUGAGAUUCUCAAGAAGGAGGGCUUGAGGGUCACUGAUGCCGUGGUGCUGCUGGACAGAGAGCAAGGAGGCAAGGGUAAUUUGCAGGCACACGGGAUUCAUCUCCACUCAGUGUGUACAUUGUCCAAAAUGCUGGAGAUUCUUGAGCAACAGGAAAAAAUUGAUGCUGAGAUGGUUGAGAGAGUGAAGAGAUUUAUUCAGGAGAACGUUUUUGCAGCAGCUGAUCAUAAUGGUUCUCUCCCGUCUAUAAAGAAGGCACCGCAAGAACUCAGCUUUGGUGUCCGUGCAGAGCUGCCCAGGAUCCACCCAGUUGCAUCGAAACUUCUCAGGCUUAUGCAAAAGAAGGAGACCAACCUGUGUCUGUCUGCUGACAUCUCAGAGUCCAGUGAGCUCCUGCAGCUGGCAGAUGCUUUAGGACCCAGCAUCUGCAUGCUCAAAACUCAUGUAGAUAUUUUGAAUGAUUUUACUUUGGAUGUAAUGAAGGAGUUAACAACUCUGGCAAGACACCAUGAGUUCUUAAUAUUUGAAGACCGGAAAUUUGCGGAUAUAGGAAACACAGUAAAAAAGCAGUAUGAAGGUGGUGUCUUUAAAAUAGCUUCCUGGGCUGACAUAGUAAAUGCUCAUGCGGUGCCAGGCUCAGGCGUUGUGAAAGGCCUGAAAGGAGUCGGCCUGCCUUUACACCGGGGGUGCCUGCUCGUUGCGGAAAUGAGCUCUGCCGGCUCCUUGGCCACAGGGGAUUACACUGCAGCGGCGGUUAGAAUGGCUGAGGAGCAUUCUGAAUUUGUGAUUGGUUUUAUUUCUGGCUCCCGAGUAAGCAUGAAACCAGAAUUUCUUCACUUGACUCCAGGAGUUCAGUUAGAAGCAGGAGGUGAUAAUCUUGGCCAACAGUACAAUAGCCCACAAGAAGUUAUUGGCAAACGGGGUUCUGAUAUCAUCAUUGUAGGCCGGGGCAUACUAGCAUCAGCUAAUCGUCUGGAAGCUGCUGAGAGGUACAGAAAAGCUGCCUGGGAAGCCUACUUGAGUAGACUUGGCGUUUGAGUGUCUCAGAGCCCAUCUUCUGGAGAAGGAUUUGAAGACCCGUUGUCUCCUGAGAUGUACUGCCUGGGAAUAAUAAGCAGCUUCGAUACUGUUUGGAUUCUUCUGUCAGAAUGACUUCCAAAGUUACCAAAGUAUUUAGGAAAUAUUGCAUGGCUGGAAUCCCUGCAUUAUUGCUGUAAUAAGUUCAUUUUUAAGCAUUCUUUUAAUGAGACUCAUGUUGGCUAGGCAAUUAUAGUCCUAUCUGUGUUAAAGUCUUCCACAUUCGAGGAUCCCCCACUACCUCUAGGUUAGAUUUCUUGAUUUCUUUUAAUUGCCAUGACACAAAAAUUUUAGGACAUACGGGGUACAACAUUU